GACAAGUUUAUCCUGGUGCGGGUACAUAGGUGAUACUAUCAAUGUUAUUUGAUGAAUAAGGAAACUCGGCUCAGAGAAAACCACAGUGUACAUCCUCAGUGGGAGUACUUCAUUAGACCCUUGUCUUAGAGCAAGGGAAGCAGCUGCCAUUCUGAAGAACUCAGUGCCUGGGGGAGGACCAGUAGUUGUUUUCUGAGGAACUGUGGAAUGUGCCCUUGGGGACACAAGAGAGCAGAAGGAAGAUGCUUCAGACCAGUAACUAUAGCCUGGUGCUCUCCCUGCAGUUCCUGCUGCUGUCCUAUGACCUCUUUGUCAAUUCCUUCUCUGAGCUUCUCCGAGCAGCUCCAGUUAUACAGCUGGUGCUCUUCAUCAUCCAGGAUAUCGCAGUCCUCUUCAACAUCAUCAUCAUUUUCCUCAUGUUCUUCAACACCUUCGUCUUCCAGGCUGGCCUGGUCAACCUCCUCUUCCAUAAGUUCAAAGGGACCAUCAUCCUGACAGCUGUGUACUUCGCCCUGAGCAUCUCUCUUCAUGUCUGGGUCAUGAACUUACGCUGGAAAAACUCCAACCGCUUUGUCUGGACAGAUGGACUUCAAACAUUGUUUGUAUUCCAGAGGCUAGCGGCAGUGUUGUACUGUUACUUUUACAAACGGACAGCUGUGAGGCUAGGCGACCCUCGCUUCUACCAGGACUCUUUAUGGCUGCGCAAGAAGUUCAUGCAAGUUCAAAGGUGACCGUUUUCUGUCACAUCAAUGAACGCCUUUCCUUCUUGACAGAAGUCACACUGGGGGCUCUGCAGAGGGGGCCGUCGGCCCUGUGUGCUAGGAAGUAGCUUGACAUUCUGAGGACAGGCCCCAGCCAGUCAGUGUGCAGCAGGUGAAGAGGCGGAGCCUCCCUCUAGCACAUUAAAGUGUCCCCAGUGCAGACUCCUGAACAUCAUCCCUUCCUAUCCUCCUGCUGCAGCCCUGCCCCCUUUCCUUCGCGCUCUCUGCCCCACUUCCUCACCAAGGGCUCCGUGGCUUUUUCCCAAGGGAACUUUCCACUGACCCUAGUACAGGAGGAGCUCCCAGCCCCGGCUCUGUUUGCACUGCACACUGAUGAUUGAAGGAUGCAAAGAGUGACUUUUCUGGCCUCCUGACUGA